AUGGAUUUAUGUAAAUUAUAUUGCUCCAGAAACCGCAUCGAGAGAACAGCUUCGAUAAGAUGGCGUGGCUCUAUCCGGCGACUCACCGCUGCCGCCAUUUAUAACUUAUCUUGCUUCACUCACGGAUGCAGUACAGGAUGGGUUUCGGGAGUGCUUGGCAACGAGGCGCUCACUGGCGGCGCCUGGCUAGCAGCACUGCCAUGCUUGGUGGCGCUACCUGCUGCUCCUUUCUUCGCGGUCCUAGCUGAUGCUAAAGGAAGAAAAGCGGGUGCCUUCUGUAUCUGCAUGAGUUUUAUUAUAAGCUGGUCGCUUGCAGCAUGGUGUGGCCCCAAGGGAGUAUGGGCAGCAAGAGUGGCUGCCGGCGCUGGUGGUGCGGGGGCUCUAGCUUUAGCUCCCCUUUAUUGCGCAGAGAUAGCACCAAGAACAAGAGGCCUGGCUGCAAUGCCAGCAUUAGCUUGCAGUUGCGGAAUUCUAUUUGCGUAUGCAGCGGGAGGAAUACUCUCUGCCCACGCGUUAUCUUUAUCCAUGGCAAUCCCACCGGCAGUACUUCUUGUGUCUUUAUUGUGGCUACCAGAAACACCGUCCUUCCUCAUUAGCGUUGGAAGAAUACAGGACGCAGCAAAGGUCAUAUGCUGGUUCGAUGGUUCUGACUUUAGAGAAGACCUGACUGACGUCAUAGAGCAACAAGAAGUCAGGAUCAGAACGUCAGAUUGCUACGGUAGCAGGAGAGAAGCAAUGCGUCGCCAAUAUUCUGAUACAUUCCAACCAAUGUUGAAGAGGAGUAGUGGAUUGGAUUCUAAUUCCGAUAAAAAAACUGAACAAUCUGCGUGCAGAGAAUUAUUUCGCCACAGAAAAUCUCGACGAGCUUUAUUCUCCUGCUGUAUCCUCCUGUGCACAGCAGCUGGUAGCGGCGCCGGCGCCGUGAACAGCUUUGCAGCUGCAGUAUUGAGACAUUCAGCCCACGCUGUGCCGCAUCUGAACUUGACCGCUUACAACUUCACUAUUUAUAAUGGGACUGUCCGUCGUACACUAUUUGAAACUUCAGAAGCAGGUUCGGUGUUAUGCGGAACUGCUUUGGUUCUUGGAGCCGCUGUUGCGACAAUCACAGUGGAUAAGCUCGGAAGAAAGAUGUUACUACUGUGGUCUUGUUCAGGCAUCGCUUGUUGUCUCGCGAUUCUCGGAGUAUAUUGCGACCCUCGUCUCCGCAUGUACUCUUGGUACGCACACCGUUUGUGGCCUUACAGAAGAAGCCAAGACAUAAGAGAAAAACAUUUGGACCUACCUCAGAAUAUGACUGACAAUUUUAAUGUAAAUCUCAACAGCAGCUUCAUAAAGAACUAUGUAAAUGAGAGUAGAUUGUGGCAUCAAGUGGAGGAUAAUGAUAAUUUGACUAAAGUUGAGGUUAUGUUGAUGAAGAAUAGUGAUCUUCGUGAUGAUGGUGUGGAUGGAAUGCUAUGGGCACCAGUGAUGCUACUCUCUGUGGUGUUGUUCCUAUAUAAUAUAGGUUUGGGAUCCGUGCCUUAUGUGCUGAUUUCAGAGAUGUUUUCAAUCAACGUCAGAAGUCUUGCAUCAAGUUUUUUUAUCUCGUGGAUGUGGCUCAGCAACUUUUUCUUACUGCGCUACUACGGCACUAUCGCCAUCUCUCUCGGUCUCCACGGCACUUACUACAUCAGCGCUUGCAUCACUCUACUCGGGUCGUUGUAUAUUCUUCUACUAAUACCAGAAACAAAAGGUAAAAGCCAAGAGCAAAUAGACGAAGCUCUAGAAGGGCCAUUACUAGUGCUGAAAAGACGAAAGACCAGACGAUGA